UCCUGGGACGAAGGAGAAACUUGUCGGACAUCAAACAUGAGCUCAGCGUGGAGGAGAGAGACUUUUCUACCUGCUUCAGUGACUUUGGUCUUGUAAGAUGUUUGUUUUCGGAGUGUUUCGAGGCUCAAUGUCGGCGGAGAAAACACAAAGUGGAGCCGCUUUUCGAGGCGGCAGCAGAGCAGCGGGUUGCGUUGUCUCUUCACGGUUCUCAUGUGUGUUAUAAGUCCCGCCUCCCGCUCUGAGCUCCACAAGUUCCGAGGAACGAAACAGCCCGACAGACAUGGCAGAGGAAGCUCCAGCAGCCGCGCCGGCUAAGGCUCCGGCCAAAGCCCCGAAGAAGAAGUCCGCUCCCCGGGCCAAGCAGGACGGACCCAGCCUCCCGAAACUGAUCGUGGCCGCCGUGGCCGAGUCCAAGGAGCGCAAGGGGAUGUCCCUGGCGGCCCUCAAGAAGGUGCUGGCCGGGAAAGGAGUGGACGUGAGCAAGGCCAACAAGCGCAUCAACACCGCCGUCACCAAGCUGGUCACCAAAGGGACCCUGAGCCAGACUAAGGGCACGGGGGCCUCCGGCUCCUUCAAGCUCGCCAAGGAGCCCAAAGCCGCUAAACCGGAAAAGAAGGUGGUGAAGAAGAAGGCUCCCGUCAAGGCCAAGAAGCCCGCCGCCAAGAAGAGCGCAGCGGCCAAGAAACCCGCCGCCAAGAAACCCGCAGCAGCGGCGGCAGCAGCAGCCAAGAAGUCCCCGAAGAAGGCUCCGGCCAAGAAAGCGGCCAAGAAGCCCGCCAAGAGCCCCAAGAAGGCCGCGGCCAAGAAACCCAAGGCCGCCGCCGUCAAGAAGCCCAAGGCCGCAGCCAAGAAAAGUCCAGCAAAGAAACCUGCAGCCAAGAAGGCCGCAGCGAAGAAGGCCAAGAAAUAAACAGCAGCUUCAGCUUUUUA